CUAGAGAGCAUUGUCACACUUGAUGAGGCCAUGGGAUUAUAAACACUUUUGACAGCACAACGCAUUUUUUGACUGCGUGUCAAGUAAAUUAUUUCAUUUUUGUUUUUCGGCCGAUUUCCAAAUUAAAUCCGAUCAAGAACAAACGAUGGAAAAUUACAAAGAAAUAGACGAACUGAAGUAAGUUUUGCGCGCCAUAAUAGUAUCACUGAAACGAAAUGGCGUUCCAAUCCGUUUACUUGAGAAAAUUUACAAAGAGCUCGAAGGUAAAAAUAUACCUUCAUUCAAUUAUCACGACACAAUUGAUGUGCUCAACUCAUUGAAUGACACUGUUUACACUAAACUACGUCAUGGUCAGAUGUUGGUUUUUGCUGUUCAUACUGAUAAAACCCGACAUAUUCAAGAUUUGGUGGCCGGGCAGAAGAGGUCUAAACGAUUAAAAAUUCGCUCUCUUUCUCAAUGCAAAUAACGUAGCUAUCAAAUCAAUUAGCAAACAAUUUAUCUGUUUGUUCGUUUUAAUCGUGAUAUCGAUUUUCACUUUUGUCAGACGUGCACGUUGCAGAAACGGUCGUGCACAACUGAAAACUGAUUUUCGUCAUGAAAAUCCGAAUCGCUCGUCUCCACGCAAAGAAACGCUGAAAAUCAUGAUGAGCACCAACACAAAGCGAAUCAACAACAACGUGCCGUAUAACAAUUCUGCAAAUUCUAUUGAUGCAUCACAAGCAAAUGGUGUUGAAAGCAAACGUCAUACAGACUCUGUCGAUGACCGUGUACAAUCAGUAUCACAAACAAAUCACAACGAACAGAUGAACAAUGAAUAUGAUAGAACCAGUGUGAGCACGGUCGACACCCAACAAGUGAGCGACGACAAUGAUCCGGACAAAGAUGAUAGCAGCUUUGAACUAAAAUUUGACUUUGAACUGUUACAAUUCGAGGAGAAACAUAUUGAAUUUGGAGGUUUGCCGAAAAUUAAAUUCGAUGAAUGUUUUACAACUGGUACAACAUUACACAAAUUCACAGUCCAUAUCGAUUCUGGGUUCACCUAAAAGAUGACGUCGAACAGAUUGAGACACUCAUGAGUAGCAUGGAUUAUUACUAUACUUCUGAUGAGAGUAUGAUUGCCAAACGUCCAAUACCCGAAACACAGCUUCUGGUGGGCCGUGUGUGUGCUGCAUUGUUUGAUUCACAAUGGCAUCGUGCGGAAAUCGUUGAAGUUUUGGAUAAAUCAUUGGUGGUAUUUUACGUUGAUUAUGGUACGCUUGACGAAGUAGAGAAAAAAAAUGUACGAUUUUUGAACAAACGAUUCUCAAAAAGUCCAAUUUAUGCGCAUCGCGGAUGUUUGGAUCGAUGUAAACCAAACGAUGGCAUAUGGACAUUUGAAGCAAUGAACGUAUUUGAACAACGAAUGAAUGUUUUUAAAGACACGGUAGUUUUGGUUAAAUUGACCAAUGUCAAUGUCCAGGAAAAGACUCUCUACUUCGAUAUGUUUGACACCAGAGGAAAAAUUGAUGUAAUCAGCGUUUUCAUGAUUGAUAAUAAUUUGGCAUAUCCGACCAACAAAUUGUUAUACGAUUUUCAGCAGCGUCAUUAUAACGAGGUGUACCCAUCAUUCGAUAAGUUGGAAAGGGGUAAAUAUCCAUCGAGGAAGCGAAUGAAACAGAUGCGGGACAAUGGUUUUGAUUAUUUGGAAUAUGAAGACUCGAUACUCAUUCCAGAAAUGUAUGGCUACGAGAGAAUUGAGUAGCUAGCUCAGUGGAGAACUUUAACAGCGACUUUUUUCUCUCCUAUCUAUUUACAAUAUUA